UUGUUAAAGAGCGUAUGAGGUACGAUGGUUUCAGUAUAAUCUAUUGUAAAAAUUUCAAAAUAAAUAUAUUAUUGAAGACAGAAGAGAUUUAUUCAAAAUGUUUAAAAUAUUUAAGUUCAGAGUAAUUCAAAUAGAACUUAAUGUUCAUAAGAAAUCACUACAUCAGAAAAUGCUAAUGACGAGCCAUAAAACAAAAGAGACAAAACCUAACAUACAAAAACGGCCAUCGUCUUUAACAGAUGAAAUUAUACGUGUAGAUCAUGCUGGGGAGCUUGGUGCAGAUAGAAUAUAUGCAGGUCAAUUAGCUGUUCUUGGAAAUAGUCCAAUGAGUGAUAAAAUUUCUCAUAUGUGGGAACAAGAAAAAUGUCACCGCCAACAAUUCGAAAAAUUAAUACGAGAACAUCGUGUUCGCCCAACAGUAAUGACACCAAUAUGGAAUGUAGCUGGUUUUCUGUUAGGAGCAGGAACGGCAUUAAUGGGUGAAAAGGCUGCAAUGGCCUGUACAGUUGCUGUUGAAACAACUAUCGUUGAACAUUACAAUGAUCAACUUAGGAAAAUUAUGGAAACAGAUAAACCCGAUAAAGAGCUUCUUAAAGUGAUUACUAAAUUCCGUGAUGAAGAGCAGGAACAUCAUGAUACUGGUAUUGAACAUGGAGCGGAACAAGCUCCAUUUUAUGAGACAAUGACUACUUUAAUUAAAUAUGGAUGUAAAGCAGCUAUUGCGAUUUCUAAGAAAAUUUAAUGUAUUGGUGUAUUUUAAAAAUUUAAAUAAAAAUUAAUUUAAUGUAA